CAUUCUGAAGCCAAGAGCCAUGAGCUUCUCCCAGGUCUCCUACGCAGCGACCCUGAUUCAGUCUCACCAGAUCCCCAGAAUGCUGGCUUCGGUGUCCCAGAACCUCCUGCUGCUGAUGGCUGAGAUCCUGACUUUGAGAGGGAUGAGGGUAGACGCCCACUCCCUCAGUUACUUUGAGGCCAUCAUGUUCCAGCCCGGGCACUGGAAGUCCCGCUUCAUCUUUGUGGGCUACGUGGACGACAUGCAGUUUGUGAGUUUCGACAGCGACGCAGCGAACCCGAGGGUGGAGCCGAGGGCACCAUGGAUGCAGCAGGUAGAGCCAGAGUAUUGGGACCGGAACACACAGCUCGCCAAGAACAACUCACGGAUUUGCCACGAAAACCUAAACACCUUGCGCAGCUACUACAACCAGAGCAAAGCCGGCUUUCACACCCUCCAGAAGAUGUAUGGCUGCGAGGUCGGGGAGGACGGUCGCCUGCUCCUUGGGUAUCAGCAGUAUGCCUACGAUGGCGCUGACUACAUCGCCCUGAAUGAGGACCUGCGCUCCUGGACCGCAGCCGACAUGGCGGCUCAGAAGACCAAGCGCAAGUGGGAGGCGGCUGGUGAAGUUAAGCGCCAGAGGGCCUACCUGGAGGGCGAGUGCGUGGAGUGGCUGCACAGACACCUGGAGAUGGGGCAGGAGAUGGUGCAACGCUUAGACUCCCCCAGAGCACAUGUGACCCAUCAUCCUGUCUCUGACCAGAAGGCCACCCUGAGGUGCUGGGCCCUGGGCUUCUACCCCAAGGACAUCACACUGAUGUGGCAGCGGGAUGGGGAGGACCUGACCCAGGACAUGGAGCUGGUGGAGACCAGGCCUUCAGGGGAUGGAACCUUCCAGAAGUGGGCAGCUGUGCUGGUGCCUGCUGGAGAGGAGCAGAGAUAUACGUGCCACGUGGGGCAUGAGGGGCUGCCUGAGCCCCUCACCCUGAGAUGGGAGCCUCCUCAGCCCACGGUGCCCAUGUGGGGAGUCAUCGCUGGCCUUGUCCUCCUGGCAGCUGUGCUCACUGGAGCUGUGGUCACAACUGUGAUGAUGAAGAGAAGGAAGUGCUCAGAAGGACUCAUUCAAUCAAGGAUACAGAAAUCAACUAACACAAAUGCUGGCAAGGAUGUGGGAAAUUUCAGGCCAUUGUUGGUCAGAGUGUAGGAUAUCAGAGUUUAGAUUGGCUCAGCCACUAUCUAAGUCAGUAUAGACAGUGCACAGACAACUGAACUUGGAUAUACCAUAUGACCCAGCUGUUCCACUCCUGAGAAUAUAUUCAAAUGAGGUGAAAUCUGCAUAUGAGAAAGCAACCUGAAACCCUUUACUUAGAGCAGCACAAUUCACAACAGUGAAGACAACUCAGAUUCCAAUCAACAGAUGAAUGGAUAAACUGUAGUACAACUACUCUAUGGAAUACUACAGAGAUAUUAAAUGAAU